UAUAGUAUAUAAAUUCUUGCAAAGCUUUCAGCUUUGUGAUCAUUCAUUCUACUCACUAAGCCUCCUUCUUCCUCUUCAUCUUGUUCGUGUGCAAAUAUGGAUCUUCACGAGUCAAUCACCAGCCAGACGGAUAUUUCUUUCAUGCUUGCUAAGCAUGUUUUCUCCAACGUAGUUAAAGGCGAUACCAACCUGGUGCUUUCUCCUCUCUCAAUUCAAAUUGUUCUUGGCCUUAUUGCUGCUGGCUCUGAUGGACCUACUCAGGAUCAGCUUCUCUGUUUCCUCAAGUCCAAAUCCAUUGAUGAGCUCAACUCUCUUUAUUCACAUAUUACCAAUGUAGUCUUUCGUGAUGGCAGCCCCAAUGGAGGUUUGCGAUUGUCCGUUGCUAAUGGCAUUUGGAUCGAUCAAACGCUGCCUUUAAAACCGUCUUUCAAGCAGGUCGUGGAUAAUGUUUACAAGGCGGCUUCAGAGUAUGUUGAUUUUCAAAACAAGGCUGCUGAGGUUGUCGAUCAAGUCAACCAGUGGACUAAAAUGAAGACAAAUGGUCUCAUCGAACACAUUCUUGAUCGUGAUGCAGUGGACAACAUGACAAGGCUGAUCUUGGCCAAUGCACUAUAUUUCAAAGGUGAAUGGAAUGAGAAGUUCGAUGCUUCAGAAACAAAUGACCACGAGUUCCAUCUCCUCGAUGGGUUGCCUAUUCGAGUACCCUUCAUGAGUAGCAAGAAAAAGCAGUACAUAGCAGCAUUUAAUGGCUUUAAAGUAUUGAGGCUUCCUUAUAAACAGGGAACAGAUACGCGUUGCUUCUCAAUGUACUUCAUUCUUCCAGAUGCACAUGAUGGAUUACCCGCUUUAUUUGGCAAAAUCAGUACAGAACCUGGAUUCUUAAAUCACCACGUUCCGUUAAGAAAAGUUAGUGUGGGCAAGUUUCUUAUCCCUAAAUUCAAAAUAACUUUCAAGUUUGAAGCUUCCGACAUUCUAAAGGGACUUGGCCUAACGUUACCUUUCUGCGGUGGUGGUCUCACUGAGAUGGUUGAUUCUACUUUACCUGAGAAUCUAUCUGUUUCAAAAGUUUUUCACAAGUCCUUCAUUGAGGUAAAUGAGGAAGGCACCGAAGCUGCAGCUGUUACGGUUACUCUAAUAAUGCCAUUGUCCUUGUUUAUUGAGAAGGAAAUCGACUUUGUUGCUGAUCAUUCAUUCCUGUUCCUUAUAAAAGAUGAAUCUACUGGUGUCGUAUUGUUCCUUGGGACUGUAAUGAAUCCUCUAGCUGGUUAGCCCUACUCAACCAACAAAGAAGAGUGAAGUGGUGAAAACACUCCAAACUUGACGUGAAUCAUUACUUUCGUCCAUGAUGCCUAGUACUAAUUAAAACACCCCUAGGCUUGACUAACGUAAUAAUUCAUGUCAAGUUUGUUUUAAGUUUGAGUUUCGAGAGAACGAAUUAAGGCAACGUGAAUUGUCAAUCUUUCAUAGAAAUUUCAUUUGUGCUUAAUUUGUUUGUUCA